UUUUUAAAAUAGCUAACAUUCAAAAUUCUGAAGACUAUAUUGAAGACUUUCUUGUAGAUGAAUUUUAUUCAGAAAGUGAUAGUAAUUUAGGUUCACUUUCUGAUCCCUCAAUAACAAGCCUGCUACCUAAACUUUAUUUAGAAGAUUAUAGUAAUUUGGUUUCAAUCACUGAUUCUUUGACAACAAGCUUACUUGAAGCUGUUGAUAAUAGUGUUUCUGAAAAUAGCGAUUUUGAUAAUGAAUCUGAAGACAAAUGUGAAUCAGAUUGUAUAGAGUGCGAGUUUACACUUAAUGCUGCAUAUCAAAAAUGCAUAAACCUUGUUUACAUUAAUAAAUUAACUGAGACCCAUAAUCAUGAUUUGAAAAAUAGCAAAUUGGUUCAGCAGUCUUCAUUAUCAGCACAUAAAAUACCUUCUAACAUUAAGGAAGAAAUUUGUUUUUACGUUCAGGAAUGUCAGUUGGAAGCAACUGUUUUAAAAAGAAUAUUAAGGAAUAA